UAAAGAGGUCGGCACAGACUUUCUCCGUUGAAGAAUCAGCGAGAUGAAGAGCAGCGCCAACCCGGCACCAUGCGCUCCAGGCUCCCACGGACCGCCUGCCUAUUACGACUCGUUGCACUCUGCAUCCUGCUCUCGCACACUGCAGCUUAUUUUGGGCUGACAGGUCGGGAACCCUUGGUGUUUUUACCAAGUCCGUUCUCCAAUGAACCUCCGACGGGCAAAGCCCACCUGAAGCAGUGCGAGCAGAUGACUCUGACCAGGCGGCAGAAGAGACUGUGUCGCAGGGAGCCCGGUCUGGCCGAGACGCUGCGGGAGUCGGUGCGCCUCAGUCUGCUGGAGUGUCGGUAUCAGUUCAGGAACGAGCGCUGGAACUGCAGCCUGGACGGCCGGGGAAGCCUCCUGAAAAGAGCAUUCAAGGAGACUGCCUUCCUACUGGCAGUGUCCUCUGCGGCGCUGACUCAUGCACUCGCCAAAGCAUGCAGCUCUGGUCGAAUGGAGAGGUGCACAUGUGACGACUCCCCCGGCAUCCAGCAUCGGGAAGCAUGGCAGUGGGGGGUCUGCGGGGACAACCUGAAAUAUAGCACCAAGUUCCUCAAGAAGUUCCUUGGCCAAAAGAAGGUCAGCAAGGACCUGAGGGCUCAAGUCGACGCCCACAACAUCAACGUUGGAAUUCGGGCGGUGAAGAGCGGGCUGAAAACAACCUGUAAGUGUCACGGUGUCUCCGGCUCGUGUGCCGUACGGACUUGCUGGAAGCAGUUGUCUCCUUUCCACGACACUGGACGACUGCUGAAGUACAGGUAUGACACGGCUGUGCGAGUGCUGAGUGUCACCAACACAGCCACCGGUGAGACAGAGCUCGCCGGGCCACGCCGCCAAGGCCAGAGCCUUCGCACUACUGACCUGGUCUACCUGGAAGACUCCCCCAGCUUCUGCAGACCCUCACGCUACUCCCCGGGUACAGGCGGCCGGUCGUGCGCCAAAGACACCAGCUGUCAGAGCCUGUGCUGUGGACGUGGUUACAACACGGCCAUGCGCCUCACCAGCCUGUCCUGCCACUGCCAGGUCCGCUGGUGCUGCCAUGUGGAGUGUCAGACAUGUGUGAGAGAGGAGGAGGUGUACACCUGCAAAAAUGCAUAACAAAUGAUCAGAAAGAAGAAAUGUAGGCUGUAUGCAAAAGAUCCAUGGGAUGAACUAUUGACAAUUCAUGAGGGAUCUCACACCAAAGCAUGUCUUUGCAGAUCUCCAGUCUGACCUGCAUGUUAUUUGGGGAGGAAUAUACACUUGUAUCAUUAUAAUACUGCUGUUUUUUUGCUAAUCAUCACUGAUUUGACACGCAGCAGCUUACUGUAGGUGACAAUGUUUUCAAACUCUGCUUUUCUCUCGCUGGAUGCACUGAAAUCCCACUCCUCUGGGACAGACGGAGGGACACAAGCUCUUAAAACAGGUACUGGACUGGACUGGACUGGACUGGACAUCAAACCCCGUCUGCAGGGGAGCUCUGACAGUGACUUUGUUGUGUUGUAAUUGCAUUGGCCCCCUUCCACUUGACUAUUUAUUGUAUCAGUCAUUGUGUCUGUUAUACUGCUGCUUCAUACUUUAAGCUUUUUGUUGUGAGUGUCGCCACAAAGGCUAAAACGGCCUUAAAAGGAAUCCGACUGUCUGUCUCUCUGUCUGCUGUGGAGAAAUUUUAGGAGCUCAUUUCUGAUUAAAAAAAGCACUUAAAGGUUCUCUUGCUACAUAUGAUACAAAAUGUGUAAUUAUUCCUAGAAGUUACAAUACAUGUCUAAAUAUAUGUUUGAACAGAAUCACUGGAAGCUUUGAGGGGUGCCGCUGAUACAUUGUAUUAACAGGGUUAUUGUGUAAAGAAACACGCUGGGUUUCAGUUGCUCUUAUGGAAAUGUCUAUGGAAAUCUCUGCAUGAAGCCUAAUGUGUGCUCAGCAGAACAAAGGAUAAUAGUGAGGGAAACACCGUCUUUGAAAAAGAAUGAAAAACGUUUAAUUUCUCAACAUACCGGCCCUCCUCUUGUAUUUCUUCUAUUUAUAGAAACACACACUAUGCUAUACUUUCAAGUUUAAAAUUGCAUGACUGAACUAUUUGGUUUUUAAAGUCUAAUUUAGCCACAUCUUUGUUCUAAAUGCCUUUGAAGUGGGAUAAUCACACUACUUAUUUCCCCAAAUUGCUAAUCAAAGAUAAUCCCCAUGUUUACUCACUUAUCCUAACAUCCAACUCAGCUCUCAUGUGUCCAUGUGUGCAGGUCAAAAGUGCACUUUGCACCCCAAAGGCUUAUUUUAUUGGCCAGUUUAUGUUUUCUUUGAGUGAUUCUGAACUGUAUAUAUGAUAUAAAUAUAUAACUCAUGUCAGGGCUCCAGGCGUAUGACAAUGUGGAAUCGUAAUUUUCUACCUCACUUCAUCUUUUGGCAAAUAUCAGUAAGAUUUAUGAGCUAUGCAGAGUUAUGUCCUCUCCUUUGCAUUAGUUUUAAAGAUCAUAUUUUAGACUAUUGUACAGUUCUUUUGAAUUUGGUAAUACAUAUC